AUGCUCGUUCGAAAUGCCAAAAUCGGAAGCAUAGUGACUUCACUUCGACAGAUACAACUAACAGCUGCAAGAAUGACGGAUCAUUCAAUUUAUCAGUUCCACGUAAAGGAUGCGGACGGAAAAGAUGUUUCUCUGGAGAAAUACAAAGGCAAAGUAGUAGUAAUCGUAAACGUUGCAUCGCAGUGUGGCUAUACUAAUUCCCAUUAUACUCAGCUGAAGGAGAUGCUUGACAAGUAUCAUUCGAAAGGCCUUGAAGUAGCUGCAUUCCCUUGUAAUCAAUUUAAUAAUGAGGAACCCGGUUGUGAAGUAGAUAUCAAGAACUUCAUGAACGACAAGUACAAAUUCGAACCGGAUCUCUAUGCCAAGAUCAAAGUCAAUGGUGGUGAAGCUGACCCUCUGUUCAAAUUUUUGAAGAAGGAAAAGGGCGGAACACUCAUAGAUGCUAUUAAGUGGAAUUUUACUAAAUUCUUAGUAGAUAAAGAUGGAAAAGUUGUGAAGAGAUAUGGACCAAAUACGGAGGCAAAAGAUAUGGAGAAGGAUGUUGAAGCUCUCUUGAAUAAUUAGAUCAACUUCUUUUCUGCUUACGUACAUAUUGUAAAUAUGAUCUUAUCUCUGCUUUCACGCAAAUCACUUUCUAUAUAGCGGUUUUUGAAUAUCGCAAGUUCCUCGAUACCUCUCUCAAAACGUCACAGUGAUUGUCUUUGCAACUUAUGCAGUUUUAUGCACUUUAUUCGUCAAAUAAAAAUGUCGAAC